CAACCCAUGCGCAGAAGUAGCUAUAAAACUUCAGUAAAAUCCUGCCCUCUGAUUGGCUAAAAUACAUCUUCGGGUGUUUUCCGUAUCUUAUCCAUUGAUUGACAAACAUUUAAAUUAAGAAUAAAACAAAGGUUGCAUUGUUACAACUUAUCCCCGAGUUUUGUCCGAAUCGUAUGUUCGGAAGUUAGAUUUCCGACCUAGCGCUCACGUCGCCAUUUUGAAUUCUACAUGCUUCCUCCUCGAUAUAUUAAGACAAGUCUCUCGCUAUUCAUUAUUUCUUCGAAAAUAGUUUGAAAAUCUAUUGUAUAUACUUUAAAGAAACGCUUCUGAGUUCUGUUUGCUUGCAAACUUUGUCCGAGAAGUUAGAAAAGCUUGUCAUGGUGUUCAAAAGGCAGGCAUGUUGCUGCCCAAACCACGAGGCUUGGUGUGGCAGUAAGCCUUCAGAUGUGGAACAGAGGUCCCUGAGAAAGGCGAACAGAGUAGAGAAAGUUUUCUUGGAGCUAGAUGACAAAGGCAAAAAGGGCUGGUCUAGAAGCAUUUGUAUGUACUGUCGACAGCGAGUCGAUUUGGAGCUUGGAAACAAACGCAUGAAAACUUCACACGAGAGCUGUAGAGAUGAAACUGCCUCAAGUUCCAGCGUGUUUUUCCAACCGGAAACCUCUGAGACCAGCGCCGCCGCUGAAGCCGCGUUAGAACCAUUCCAGGACAUUGAGGAAACCUCUGCACUAGGGCAAAUUUUGCCGUCAUCAGUUGAUGCUGUACGACUCAUGAAAGCAUCAACUAAACUAAGGGACAUAGAACUAAAGGACAUAAAACGAUGCAUUGAAGUAGAAGAUACGGCGUUUGGUGAAGCGAAGAUAUUUUUUUAGAAAAUUGUAAAAUAUAAAUAUCAGCAAUAACCCGCAAUUGUCAGUAAGAGCAGUGGAAUGCUUAUGCGGAUGCAAAAGCUGAAAGAAAUAGUGAAUAUAAAUGCAGCCCGUCUGGAGCCAGAAGAAUUACAAUUUCUUCGCAGAAAUUUUCCGUGAGUCCUCAUGGCCUACUAUGUAUCGAAGACGGAGACCCCGAUUAUAAGCUGGACACUCUCGAAUUCAUCAAUGAGCUUAUGGAACAAACCUUGCUUGCGGCUUGUUUUAAGAAAAUAUUGUGCGUUCUGUCUGUGUCGAUAAAAUAAUAAUUAGAGGACUGCUACUACUGUGAAUUCCAGUAAACUUUAUUGCUGUGGUUUGUAUGCGAUAAUAGUUGUAUUGAGGAUCGAAUAAAGCAAAAUUGGUAACUUUAUUUAAAUGCGUGAAUCGUUUUAGUUGUCAAUCUUAACAUGAAAAUCGUUGUCAAAAAUCUUUGAAAGAAAAAGUGACUUUCUUUGGAAAGCUAAAUUCUACCACACUAACAGGCUUUUGGAAAUGUGAGACCGUAUUUUCACACGUUUAGCCAGCGGAAUGUUUGCUUUGGCAAGAGACAAAGCGCAAAAUUGUAAUAAGUGAAGUAUAAAAAGUUAUUAGCAGAUAUCCGAAAGGGAUUUCUCCAUGCUCCGAACAUACGAUUUUAACAAAAAUGCACAGGUUGAAAGCUUUCUUACUUCGAACCUAAGCCCCCUAAUAAAUAUGAGUGCAAGAGCACUUAUUUCAGAGAAAUGUGACUCCAAAGUUCAAAUUUGGCGGGCAGAGCGUCUUGAACCAAUAAGCAUAGCAAUAUUAAUUAGAUUAGUUAAAAA